CGCCCUAUAAAGUGAGAAGUCGGUAAGGUCAGAACCCAGCAAAUAUUUUCACACCUGAAUUAAAGGACCAUUUUCUUCUCAAGUGUGAUUCCAAGAAUAUAAAAGAGUGACAACAGACAACAAAUAUCGAACAAUUGAAAGUGUGACUCCACUCAUCGAAUAUCCAAAUUACUGGAAUCUAGGAUACACAGAGAAUCGAAGGAUGUACGGGAGGCUAGAGGAGAGCAAAAAUGACAGCUUUGGUUGACAGGGCAAAAUGACUUCAGACAAUAGCAAUGAUCAUUCAUAACUUGUGCAGGAUUUUUUAUCACGUUAACUAUAAUAUGCGUCUAAAUUAUGCCCCGUAAGGAAAGAACAAAUGCCAAAACAUGGGAACGAGACAGAAGAAAUCGUAUGAACACAUAUUUCAAAACCCUAUCGGAUUUGUUGCCACCACAUCAAGAGGGUCGAAAGCGAAACAAAGUAGAUAUUCUCAUUUACGCAGCGAAAUACAUAAAGGAUCUCACCAAUCGUACCGAGGAACUUUUUUUUACACACGCAGUAGCUGCACACAAAGAAGAACUAAAUCGUCUGAAGAAGCUGGUGGCACAGCUCUAUUCACGCAACCAGCUGCUAUCGACCCUCUUAAAAGAAGCUGGAAUCACGGUACCAGCAGAGCCAGCCCUGGAGAAAAUUUCUCCCCUGAAGUGGUCAAAUAAAUUAAAUGUCGACGAUGUUGACAAGUAUUUAGAUAGAUAUAAUGAAUGUAAAAAGCCUGUUACACGUAGGAGUAAGCCAAUAGGUGUACGAGUGCCCUUGAAGAAAAAGCUCCCAACGACAUCCCCAAAGAAGUCUCCAACCGAUAAUGUAGAUACAUCAGAAAAUGUAGAUACACUUUCAGAGGAUCAAGAGAACCACGUGAACGCAAGUAUAACUGAUGCCACGGUCUUGCCGACUCCUGAGACGCCCUCAAAGUCCCCUGAGACGCGAAACAGCGUUCCCCAGAGCACCUCCAUCAUCGAGACACUAUCAUCCGAAAGUGUUGGACCGAAAUCAGGUGUUGCAAUUCGUAAACUAGAGUCACGAAAGAAAACAAAGAGAAAAAAAUCGGCAGCAGAGGAGAAGGAAAAACAAUCAACAGAUGUUGCUCACCAGGGAAACCAACAGCUUGGAAAUAUUAUACCAGGAACACUGAUUCUCUCUGGUGGAAAAAUAAUGCCUCUGAUGACUCCAAUAACUCCAAUUCCCUCAAAUAUUCUUGUUAAUGCUCAAGCCCAAUCAUCAAAUCAAAUAAUCCUGGGCAAUAACCAAGCGAAUUCAAUGAUAGUGAUGCAAUCAAUUGGCACCAGAAUUCAACAUUCAGUUGUACCUGUUAGAAAUCAAAAUAUCGUUAAGGCUGUGCAGAAAGUAACUCUCAAUACUGUACCAAGUAUUGGUACCAAUGUUGGAAUUAGUUCACAAGACUGGGUAUCAAAUGUUAGAACAAUUGUUGAAGCAACUAAAAUUGGUGGGAGAAAAGGAAUUUUGCCGAAAGGUAAAGAGAUAACUAAAACAACAAUGACAUACAAGGUACCAAUUCCUGCUAUUCACAGAGAUGGAAAUGUUUCAAAAAAUUCAGACAAUAAUGUUAGUGAAAAAAAUGAGCCAAAAAGUAGAAUUAAAAAGCCAGUAAAGGGUAAAAAAAUUAAGGAGAGAGAGAAAAAUUCUGGAAGUAAUUCGACGAAAGAUGAAAAAAAGUUAGAUAUCGAUUGUCCGAAAAAUGAGGAGAAAAGUAGGAAGAGGAAGAAUGCCAAUGAUCCCAAGUGUUUCCCACCAAAGGCGAUCAAAUCAUCUCUUCCAGAAACUUGUGUAUCUAUUGAGAAUCUUCGACACGUGAUUGAAAAGAUUGGAGAAGACGAAUGCUCCGAUAAAUCUCAGAAAUUGAACUCUGAUAAACCUGAAUCGGCUCAAAAAUCGAUUGAAACUUUAUCAUCAACAUGUGGAGACUCAAAAGAGGAAAUUUCCUCUUUCGAGAAAUCACAAGAAUCAACGCAGCCAUCAACAUCUGAGGAAUUGUUCAAUAAAUCAAACGUUGGAACGUCCCACGAUUCGUUACCGACGGCGGAGCCAGCGAUCUCCAAGUCUUGCGACUCCUCAGUGUUAAAUCCUUCGAUUCAGUCAGCCUCACCGAAAGCCCCUUCAUUCCCUCAACUGGAUCCAUCAAAAUCUUCAUCGACCUCUUCCCUCUCCGAAGUUGAUAAAGUCAUCGCUGAGACAGAAGACAAAAUAGGGGAGACUAAAGGCGAUUGUGACCUUGGACGACUGAAUAAUCUCCUAAAUGCAGCGAGCACUCAGCCCCAAGUUCCUGAAGACACCAGAGCAAUAUUGGACAGUGGAAAAAUCAUUCUAAAUUUGGAUACCAACACGACUACCACAAUGAAACAGGACACGAAUAUUCCAGGAAAUACAAUUCCCCCAGUAUCUACAUCAACUAUAUCUGAAGGGCUCUCAAAGGAUGAUAAGUCGAAGGAAAUCAAAUCUCUGUCGUACUCAUCCAGCAGCACAUUUGUUCCAAUAAAUACCAGAAACGAAUCCCUCCAUUCAGAUUUAUCAAACGAUCUCUUUGCUUCACUGCAAGUGCCCUCCAGUUCCCACAAUCCAGAAUCAAUUUCUCCAACUGCAGCUUUCCUAAUGGCUUUUCCACUGGUAUCAUCAUUGAACGGAAAAACCGAGGUCCUUGAAGAGGACAUGAAGGAGGAUCUGAAGUACCACAGCCAGACACCCCCAAUGCUCCUUCAGAUAGGCACCAUUGAGCCGACAAUCUUUAAACCUAAAUCAAAUGAAAAUAAAUGUCAGGAGACAAUACAUGAGAAAGGAAGAGUCCCUCAAAGCCCAGAUAAAUCCCUUGACAUCACCUCUAAGCCGCUACCGAAAAUCAUCAACAAUGAGCCCAUAAAGGAACGAUUGUAUAAAGUUGUGCCUUAUUCCGAGCCGUCAAUGGCGCCUUUCCCUUCAACCCUCACAAUUUCCACAAAUCCACCAAACUCAAUGGUCCAACGAGAGCCUCAACCCAAAAAAAAUUCUCUGGAUAAUCCAAACAAUUCAAAUACUUUAUUAGAAACCCCGAAACUCGAGGACCAGACGAGAAAGAUCCAGAAAGUAGAGGCGAGCACUUCUUGCUCGAUAGUCCACACAAGUCCAGCAAUACUUUCAAGAGUAAUGGAUCAAAUGCCGAAAUACGACAGUAACGUGAAGUACCCCAGUCACCCAGAGUUCGUCCCUAAUUAUUCAAACUUCACGAGUGUCGACAAUCAAAUGCCAUCAACUACGAGGAUCUCUUACUCCACUCAUUCAUCCUCACAAGUGCCCCAGUCAGUCUACUCCUAUCAACUUCCACGUCAGACUUUUGUGAAUCGUUCCAAGAAUAUCAGCUCUAUGGACAAUCAGACCGUGACCUAUACCAUGUCCCAGAGUCGACCGAUAACAGAGCCCAAUGAUCCCAAUGAUUAUCAGACUCGAAAUGUGAACCCUACGAUGCCAGUAUCGUCGCACAGUCUCCAGUACAAUUACACAGCUCGACCAAAGGACUCUUAUCCUCACCAGCAUCAAGAGCAGCAGCGAGCCUACGUGGAGCAGGGACAGACGAAGGACUCGACAAUCUGCCAGGGCACCUACUCAAUGCACAAGGACUCUCAGAUGUACCAGGAUUACUCGAACGUCAAUAAGACGUUAGGGACUCUAGACGCCUCCCAACUCUCGCGAUCAUACGCCCCACCGUCAUCAUCAAUCAAAGAUCCUCCCCAGAACUACCAAAAUUAUCCACCAAUCGUUCAAACGAAGGAGCCACCACGUGACGUGCCAGCUAAUCUCCCUCAGAAUUACCCUGAUCAAUCAAAACAACCAACUUUGGAAACUUUUGACAAUCUCCAGAGGGACUUUGACUCGACUCGUAAAGAUUCUUUCGUGCCUUCGACUUCUACUGGCUCGAAACUCCCUAAACUCCCACAGAACAAUCAGAGUACCGAGACCCAGAGAAUUGAGACUUCAAUAUCAUCAGCAGUAGACAAAAUCCCUCAAGAUCAUUUCAACACGAAUUAUCCGAAAGGAAAUGGAGUGUUGCUUUCUGAUCCUCGAUACCAGGUGAAACGUUCAGAGGCUCAGAGCUACGGACUUUACACCAAAGAUCAGAAAAAAAUAUUUGACAACCGUUCGAAUAGCCAAGUAAAGUCUCAUACGCAGCCUUCCUUGCUUCGAUAUCCCCAUCAAGUUCACCAGCAGCAGCGCCAACAGCAGCAGACGAACGUGACAACUGGUAAUUAUGGCCAGAGUAUGACGGAAAAUCUUGGCAAAUCCACUACAACAGUCGCCCACAACUCCUCCAACUACAGCAUUCUCUCCUGGACAACACUGUCCCCUAUGGGCCUUGGAGGUAAUAAUAAUAAUCUUGGGCAUUUUGAGGGUGGGACAGAUCACGUUGAUGACAAUGAUGGGAAAGCAAUUUGCGAGAAUUUCAAUUACAGCCAACUGCACAAGGAAACUGUUGGAUUUGGAAAUAUUUUGCAGACCGACCAGUAUCCAGCACCUGAAGCAAUUAUUGAUAAAUCUAAACAAAAAAUGUCGAAUGACAAUAAACAGGAGUAUGGGGACACUACGAAAAAUAAGAAUGUACAGAAUAUUCAGCAGAAGCAAACGAGCAGAACUCAUACUCACAAUCAGAACCAAAGUAUGGGAGGUGAUUACAAAUAUAGUGGAGAACAUAAGAAUAAACCCAAGUACUCGAUGGACUCGGCAUACACUCAGACAGAGUUUGGAGGAUUGGAUCAGAGGCAUCAGCAGACACAACAGACUCUUAAAACCCACCAAAUCCCGGAAUCUAAACCUGAGAAAACUGUUUAUUCUAUUCCUUACGAUUCUCAAAUAACAUUCGAUUUGGCUGAUCCUGUGGGUCAGUCCCAAACCAAAUGUCCUGAUAUUUACACCGAGAGUAAUUACAAGUAUGGCGACGAUAAGGAUCAGCACUCCCACAUCAAGUACCAACCCAUCCUUCAGGGACAGCCCCCAGGAGUUCUGAAUGAUAAUGUGAGCUACAAUUCGUCCAAGGGAAAUCAGCAGCAACAGAAUAUGAAUAAAUCGAAAAUUGCUCCUGUCCAGCAACAGAUGCAACCAGUAAGACCACCAGUCAAUUGGAUGAUGACUCCAGAGGUAAAGCACAACUCAAACAUUGCCGAUUUGAUUUUACCACCUAUUGGAAAGGAGCUCGACUUUUGUCAGAACAAUAUCUUCAGUCAAACUCCUUCUUACAAUCAGGGCACAUCGAAUCAGUUUUACAAUAAUUACGAUGUGUCUGUGAGUGCUGCUCACACUUUCACGAAUGUUGGAGGACUCCAAAGUGACCGAUUCUAUCCUGAGGAGCAACCAUUCUCUUGGAGUCCAACGAAAAAUCCUCAGAGUGGAGCUGAUCAUCAGAAUAUGAAGGGGCUGGAUCAACAGGUCGUGUCUUCGACUCUGCCAACGCUAGUGGGGGAUUUGGCUUUGGGAACCAACAUUCCGGAAAAGCAGAACUUCUUAUUCGGUCAGGUGCCACCGAGGAGCAAUGAACUACCAAAGACUUCGGUUAAGGAGAAGGAUAGCAAUUUUCAGGUUAUGUUGAAUCCUCAGACUGGACAGCAUACCAAUCAGGGAACCUCGUUCUUAUCAGUUAGUCAGCUGGUGGAACAUGAGAAGGCAGAGAAAGGUCAUCAUCAACAGAAUCAUCAUAGUCAUCAUCAUCAUUCACAGGCCCCACCCCAGUCCCGGAAGCCACGAAAAAACCAUCCAACCCCCCGAACGACCACAAAACGACAAAUGGAUAUGCGAAAGCAGAACAACGACCACCAGAUGCAGCAGCAUGACGAUCAAAAGCUACCAUCAGCCCAUGGGUUUUCCGAUCAAUAUCAACAGCAGUCGCACCAGCAGCCUCAACAGUCCCAAAAAUAUCAACAAAACGACGCUUUAUGGAGAAAUCGCAAUUGCAAGAGUAACUACACAGCUGAAGCUCUAAUUGGUGUAAACAAUACGAAUCUUCACGAUGGAAAUGCACCUGAUAAACAGCUUCAUGCUCCAGCAAUCAAAUUCUCCACAGAUUAUUCACAGAAUAAGUUUCCUGGUAGUCUUGGAACAACUGAGAUGGUGAUGCCACCAAUCAAUUAUCUGACGACACCAGACGAUGGCAACAGCUAUGGACAAGUGAUGAACCAAAAUUUCAAUCACUCCUCCUACACCUACUCGCCAAAUACAAACAUAUACCCCUCCACAAAUUUCAUUCCUGGUAUUUCAAACACCACGAGUAGCUACAUGAUGCCACUCCACGACAAUCCCACUGACUACCUCGAGGCUAAUUCAUUUCUAGUGCCCAAUGUCACUAACAUCACAACUCCAAAGUCUGUCAUCAACACUUCCACCAGCAGUUUAUCGGCAUCAACAAGCAGAACAUCAGUGUCUGCUACUGCUCCCACCAAUGCCAAGAAUCAACAUUACAAUAACACCGGAAAACAGCAACAAUGUGACAAACGAAAUUACACAAAUGUCUCGAAGAAGAGCAAGAGAAAGCCUGAAACAACGAUGCAAAAUUUGGAGUUUCCCAUUGGUGCUGCACCCAUGGAGGAUUAUCACUCUCAUCAUCACACCCAUCCUUCGACCUUUCUACCUCCACCACCGCAUGCUAAUCCACUCUACCAGAAUAACUCGAUCUCGAAUGCUAAUAGAAACCGGGGAACAAGUGGAAGUGCAAACUCAGUAGCUAUGACACAUCAUCCGUCCGGAACAAGUCUCACCAAUUUUAACUUAAGCACUAUAUUUCCGGAGAUUAAUGAUAAGGUCACAGGGUACAAACCUCCUAACACGAUUCAGCCAGGCUUGUCUCAAUCCUCCAAUCAUCCGUCGACGAGCUAUCCUCAGCGAUCUAACUACACAACAAACAAUUCUCUGGGUCUUGCUGCACAGGUCUCACAAUUGGAGGCGGGUCAAUUUGCGACCGACUUACCUGUACCACCACCGCCGAGUGUGCUACACUACAAGGCCACUUGACGAGCAAAAAAUGGACCAUCCAAUUAAACAAAAAAAAAAACGGCGUACUAAUGUGAAUAUAUUUGAUGUAAUGAAAUUUGUACAUACACUUUGGCGUGAGAAUUGCCUCCGACGAUGUUCUACAUUGAGAGAAAAAUUUUGUAAAACGAACGAAUCAUUCGGGGACUCCUCGGGGACUUACGCCGGUGUCGACGGUGUAAGUCCCCGAGAACACGAAAUAUCUGGGACCUUUUAAUGGAUUUCGUGAUUAAAGUGUAUGAUUCAAUCGUUGAUUCUGACGACUUCAAACAGAAAUUUCAUGAAUCGAUCGCAUGGGGGUUCAAGUCUAUCAGAUAUUCCUUUAGAUUCCCUGAAUAUUUUAUGACAUACUAAUUAGUUGGUACCAGAUAGUAUGACUAUUGUGGUCUUUUACGUGGUACCCUAGACAAUUCCUUACCCACACGUACCUCUAAGCUAACUUAUAUCUAACUCCUCAUGCACUUGGUUCAUUUUCCGGCGAUGACACAAUCCCUCAUCACCGGGAUUCGAACCUGCGCUGUUCGGGGGUUCAGUCAUAGGCCCAGCACGCUGACGAGGAGCCCAAAAAUGUCCUCUUUAUUUUAUCAGAUUCACAUUUUUAUUCGAAUGUACCACAUUCUGUCGAUCUGGUACUUUAUUGCAGGCGAUAUCACGUGCAAUAAGACAUUUUCAAUGAAAUAAUGACUCAUUUUGAGACUAAUGUAAUUAUCUACGAUCCCUAGGGAAUCCAUUGGUAAAAUGAAGAUUUACAAUGUUGAAACAAUGGAAUUCUAUUUUCAUAUGAAUAUAUGCGCGUCCAACAAAAUAUAUUUCGUAGAAUCUACGAUAUUUUUCUCUCAUUGUAUAUACUCACACAUCUUCACCACUAUUCCCUAUCAUUGGAGGGAAUUCUUCGGCCAUUCUAACUUUACAAAGAUGUUGAAUUAAAUAUUAAAUUUAAUAAUAUUUA